AAAUGAAUAAAGCAGUUUGCUGGUAUCUAUCUUGUGAUCGUUACUGGGAGGAUGGUCCAUUGGAGCCGAGAGCAUUUCCAUGGGGUCUAAUAGUAAUUCUUAUAUUCGUGCUGUCCACAGGAAUCUGUUUCUGUUAUUACAUUAUUUGGAUACUAUUUGAUUCUGACGAGACAGCAAUUAAUUCAAAUCACCACAUUAGUCAACACAAUCAGUGUCUUAAAUAUUCUCCGGAUAGUCCAGGUGGUCAGUUAUUUUCACAUCAACAUAUGCACGACUUAUAUCCUGAACAAUCCCAAGCAGAACAUCCCUACAGUUUAAGACAUUAUUAUGGGGAUCAAAUUCAAAUCGAUACCAGCAGCAGCACAACUCACAGGAACGGUCAGCGUACAUCGACACCAUUACGCCGUCAAGGUCAAAAUAAUCUGCCAUAUCAGGAAAACAAUAGCAAUUCCAAUACAGCAAUAGCAGCAACUAGCACAGCAUCACUAGCUAAUACAAUCGAUUACAAGGUUAAUUCAUUGAGUGACGCAGCCGCAAAGCCAAUCAAUUCUCUUCAGCAUUCAUUGGAUAUGCAUCAUAGCUAUGUGGGCGCAUCUCAGCCAUCUCUACAUGCCUCAUCAUCCGCUCACGACAUCAUCGAAAACGAAGUAGGUCAGAACGAGCACUAUAUUUAUGUUACUUACCCACCCGAUUUGAAGAAACGCUUUUUUGAGAAAUUUGAGUGAUGACUUGCCUAGGACAGAUGCUGUGACAUUAUACUUAACAUAAAUGUUUCAUAAAUUUUAUUUAAAAUUUCAUAAUAUAAAGAGUGCAAUUCUUUAAUAAACGAAUGAACGCAAAAUGAUAUAUGAAGAAUGAUAAAUACACACAAAUAAUUGGUGGAAACCCACUUUGUUACGAUGUACGAUCCACAUAAUUACAAUUUACUUUUCAAGCAAUUAAUUGGGACCAGGAGUUUAAGCUUUUUCUGUAUCCGAAGAAUAAAUUAUUUCAAGUUUUAAUAUA